AUGUUUUCCGCAAUGCGGGGGAGCUUCCUUCUGCUCCUGACCGUGGUCAACGCCGUUUCCGUCUCGGCAUACCGCUGGUUCAACUGGGAGUUUGACGUCACUUGCGAAGCCACGGACCAUAUUGUUCCAGCAGACGAGGCAGAGCUCGCUACUUUUCUCCAGAACGAGCACGCCAAAGGAUCAUUCAUCAAGGUUGUGGGAAACGGACACGGUCUCUCGAACUUGACUACAUGCGUCGAUGUCACAACGACAACGCGAGACUCUUAUAUUGUCAGCCUUUCCAACCUCCGCGGUAUCACCUACGGCGCCAACAACACUGUGACCUUUGGAGCCGGCUGGGAUCUGGUGGAAAUUGUGCCUGAGUUGAUUGCACAUGGCCUGCAGCCCGCCAACCUGUGCAGCGAGAGAGUGCAGAACUUCAUCGGCGCCGCUACUACCGGAACACACGGCACAGGCAAAGGCCUUAGCAACAUCGCCUCUCAUAUUCUUGCUUUCCGCGUGCUUGACGCAACCGGCCAGGUGCACGUUAUCAAUAGCGAGAUUGACCCCGACGGUGUCAAGGCGUUCAAGAUCACCCUGGGUGCACUGGGAAUCAUCACUGAGGUCACCAUUCAGGCCGAGCCGCUGCAAUUCCUGAAGCGGACGACUAAGGUCGUCAAUGCUACCUCAAAUGUCACAGAGCAGGCUCGGCUGAUUAAGCAGUACGGAACGGAUUUGGAUCGCGUGAACAUUGCGGGUCCUACGUACGGCUGGAACAGCGAGACCUUGGAGUGGGAGAUUGAACCGACGUUUACGCUCAUGUACUGGGAGCCGACCAACGUGACGGGCGUUUACAACUGCUCCACGAAUUUCUGCUCAAACGGUUGCGGAGACUGCAAGUCAAACAGCUUUUGCUAUGACCUGGCGCCCUAUUCCAUUUCUGUGCCGCCGUCUGGCGUCUGCUCUCGGGCAUUCCUUGGCCAGUUUGAGCACUUUGUUCCUAUUGAAGAGCUGGAGUCCGCAUCUAUUGACUACACCAACCUGCAGCUAUCUCAAACCAACCAGCUGAAGGAAGCCAACAACGAGGUAGCUGUGUAUGAGUACCGCUUUAUCAAGGGCGACGAUGCGUUCCUGUCGCCGGCAAACACAUACAACUUAGGCCCAGAGAACAGCGGUAUCUUUGCUGCGAUCACGAUCUCGUACAUCCCUACUUACAAUGACUACCAGUCUCUUUGGGCCUACACAGACGCGCUGGGGACAUUUGUCGCAGAUCUUGGCUAUAAGCACAAUGUCCGCCCACACUGGAACAAGAACUCUAAGUUUAACCUGACCUACGCUGAGUUUGCGUACCCUAAGGUGCAGAAAUGGCUUGAGUACGAGGAAAAAUUUGAUCCCAAGUGUCAAUUCGUUAACGAGUUCUUGGUGGAUCACCUGAACCUUACUCGCUGCGAAGGCGUCAUUCCUACAACCAUGCCCUCUGUUAUUGUUUAG